AUUAACACGUAAACCAAAUCAAACAAUAAUUAAUUUCUACUCAGCUACCAGUCAAAACUCAAAACUCGAUCUCACUCACGAUUUCCAAUUUGGUUUCAUUCAAAUUUAACUUUGUAUGGACUCUGCUAAUACUCAACUGAAAAAUUGCUAGUUCAAUUCCAUAUUUUGAAUUUUUGGGAAUGGAGGGAAUGUGUAGAAUUUCAAUUUUAGUCUACUUGUUAGUUUUGGCCAACUUUGGAUCGGUUUGGGCUCACGGUAAUGGUUUUGGGGAGCAGCCACUAUCCAAGAUUGCCAUACACAAAGCCACUUUUGCUCUUCGUGACUCUGCAUCUGUUAAUGCAUACCCUACUCUUCUGGGUUUAAAGGGAGAAGAUACCCAAUGGGUAACUGUAGAUUUGGAACACAAUGAACCUGCUGCUGAUGAUUGGGUAGCUGUCUUUUCUCCUGCAAAGUUCAACUCAUCAACUUGCCCACCUGUAAAUGAUCCAAAGGAGCAGACUCCAUACAUAUGCUCUGCCCCAAUCAAGUACAAGUAUGCAAAUGAGUCCAAUUCACAUUAUACAAAAACUGGCAAAGCUUCUUUGAGGUUCCAGCUGAUAAAUCAGCGAGCAGAUUUUUCUUUUGCAUUAUUUUCGGGUGGGCUGUCAAAUCCAAAAGUUGUGGCAGUUUCAAAUUUUAUAUCAUUUGUCAAUCCAAAAGCACCGCUCUAUCCACGUCUUGCUCAGGGAAAAUCUUGGGAUGAAAUGACAGUUACCUGGACAAGUGGCUACAACAUAGAUGAGACAGUUCCAUUUGUUGAGUGGGGACUGAAGGGAGAAAAUCAAGUGAGAUCCCCAGCUGGAACAUUGACAUUUGGUCGACACAGCAUGUGUGGUUCACCUGCAAGAACAGUUGGAUGGCGUGAUCCUGGUUUCAUACACACAAGUUUCCUAAAAGAUUUGUGGCCUAAUAAAGUGUACACAUACAAGAUGGGUCACCUUUUAUCUAACGGUACGUAUAUUUGGAGCAAAAUGUACUCCUUCAAGUCAUCGCCAUACCCUGGGCAGGAUUCAUUACAGCGCGUUAUAAUGUUUGGGGACAUGGGAAAGGCAGAGCGUGAUGGUUCAAACGAGUAUAGUAACUAUCAACCAGGUUCGCUUAACACUACAGACCAAUUGAUCAGGGACUUGCCAAACAUAGACAUAGUUUUUCAUAUUGGAGAUAUAACUUAUGCAAAUGGAUACCUUUCCCAGUGGGAUCAAUUCACAUCACAAGUGGAGCCCAUUGCAUCAACUGUACCAUAUAUGGUUGCAAGUGGUAACCACGAACGUGAUUGGCCGAAUUCGGGGUCCUUCUAUGACAAGACGGAUUCAGGUGGAGAAUGUGGGGUGUUAGCUGAAACCAUGUAUUAUGUUCCAGCGGAAAAUCGAGCUAAGUUUUGGUAUUCAACAGAUUAUGGCAUGUUUCACUUCUGUAUAGCUGACAGUGAGCAUGAUUGGAGAGAGGGAUCAGAGCAAUACAGGUUCAUAGAGAAAUGCCUUGCAUCUGUAGAUAGACAGAAACAACCAUGGUUGAUCUUUGCUGCUCAUCGCGUACUCGGGUAUUCCUCUGAUUACUGGUACGGUCAGGAGGGCUCGUUUGAAGAGCCCAUGGGAAGAGAAAGUUUGCAGAAACUUUGGCAGAAAUACAAAGUUGACAUUGCUUUCUAUGGCCAUGUCCAUAACUAUGAAAGGACAUGUCCCAUCUACCAGAAUCAAUGUGUAAAAACAGGGACAUCCCAUUACUCAGGAGUUGUGAAUGGGACUAUUCAUGUUGUGGUAGGAGGAGCUGGGAGUCACUUGUCUGAGUUCAGCCAAGUAAGACCCAAAUGGAGUGUAUACAGAGAUUAUGAUUGGGGAUUUGUCAAAAUGACAGCCUUUAAUCACUCUUCAUUGCUUUUUGAAUACAAGAAAAGCAGAGAUGGAAAUGUGUAUGACUCUUUCACAAUAUCAAGAGAUUACAGAGAUGUCUUGGCUUGUGUCCCUGAUGGUUGUGAACCAUCCACUUUGGCAUCUUGAUUUGAAAAUACUUUUUAUUUUUAUUAUUUUUCUUUUUUAUUUUUAGGAUUACAGUUCAUAUAAUUUGUACAAAAGUGGGUGAAAAUUAGGUGGAGAGAAAAGUAUUAUUAUUACAGCAUGAAACUCGUGCUUCAUAAUAAAAUAUGCCAAAAUUAUUUAUUUGGAAGCAUGUAAUAACUGAAUACAUUUAUUUAUUUAUUUUAUUCAGACCUGAAUAUUAUUUUGAA